CCUCAACGGGCGGCUGGUGCCUCUUGCUGGCUCCCAGAUGGUGAAGGGGAGCAAGUUGGCAGGCAAACGGCAGCGCUUCCGGGUCCUUAGCAGCAGUGAUCCCGGGGCUGAGGAAGCCACCCUACUGGCCCCCUCAAGUGAGGCUGUAGGUGGGCUGACCUGUGCCCCUGCCCCCCAGGGCAGCCUAAGGAUCUUUGAGGGGCUCCAAGCAUCCCUGCCCCGGACACCUCUGCAGCCCGUUCCAACCAGCCCCCCGCCCCGGGUCCCCCCAGGCCUGAGGCCUCGGUUCUGUGCCUUUGGAGGCAGCCCCCCAGUGACAGGGCCUGGGUCCGCCUGCACCCUGAAGACGCCAACCUCCGGGAAGAGGAAAAGGAAGAAGCUGAUUGCUGGGGCCUCGGCGGCCCCACAGGAGGCAGCAAAUGGACACGGGACGCUGGAGGUGGACACAGCUUUGGGGUCCCCGGAGAUGGGUGUGGAGAAGAAAAAGAAGAAGAAACAGCCAGAAGAACCAGAGCCUGCGCCUGAGACGCUGGAGAGCCUGGGGGUACCCUUGCCCCCCACCACCAAGAAGAAGAAGGCCAAAGGGGCAGAAUCAGUCGGCCAAGAAUUGGGGGUGCCAGAGGCAGAAGCAGGGGUGGCGGAACUGGAACUUGGGGUUAAAGCCGAGCCUGGGGAGGACACGGUCGGGUCCCCCACCAAGAAGAGGAAGAAGAGGCCAAAGGUUCCCGAAAGGAUGGAGCCCGUGGACGGAGCGACCGUUGAGGAUCCAUCGCAGGUGAAGGUAGAACCUCAGGAGGAACCCAUUCCACUGCCCUCCGCCAAGAAGAAGAAGAAGAAGAAAGAAAAGCACCGCAAAGGGCUGGAGGAGCCAGAGGGGAGCCCCCGAGGGGCGCAGGCAGCCCACCAGGAGAGGGUUAUGGAGCUGCCUCGGGACGCAGAGCCCCAGAGGGAACCCCCAGGGGGCACGGAGCUUCCAGCCGAGCCCACCAGAAAGAAGAAGAAAGAGAAGAGGCAAAAGGUGAUGGCAGAGGCAGACGGGGCGCUGGAGCCCCGGUCGGCGGAAGACCCUGAGCCAGGGUCAGCCACCAAGAAGAGGAAGAAA